AUGAUUGUGAUAGAUAAUGUAGGUUCGUCUGAAGCAGAACCUUCUCUCAGAGGACGCUGGCUUUGUCUCCUGCUUCUCCUGGUCCUCAUUUACGGUUCCCACGCUCCUCUCAUCUCCCUCACCAAAGUGGACGGCCGCGUUCCCUUCAGCCCGUCGUCAUGCGUGCUUCUGAUCGAGUUCAUCAAGCUCGCGCUUUCCUCCGUGGCUCUGUCGGCAUCCGGAAUCCCAUCGGGCCUCAAAAUAUCUGCGCGGACGGUGGCUCCCUACGCCGUUCCCGCGCUCCUCUACGCUUUCAACAACAACCUGGUGGUGUCCAUGCAAGCCCACAUGGAUCCCAGCUCCUUCCAAGUUCUCGGCAACCUCAAAAUCGCGUCCACCGCGCUCCUCUACGCGACCUGCCUGGGAAAGCGGCUGAGGUUGGGGCAGUGGCUCGCUCUGGGGAUGCUCGUGGCUGCUGGAGUUUGCCACAGCUACUCCGGAUUGGAUCGGGAAGGGUCGGACGCGUCUGCCGCCAGGCUCCGCGUCACUUCCUGGGGUCUGCUGCUGGUGCUCGUCUACUGUUUGGUCUCGGGAUUGGCCGCCGUUUACACCGAGCGGGUGCUGAAAGCCCAGCGUCUGCCUUUGAGUCUCCAGAACUUGUUCUUGUACGUCUUCGGCGUGGGAAUCAAUCUGGCGUCGCAUCUGUUUAGCGGCGGGCAGCAGGGGUUUUUCCAGGGUUUCUCCGCUCUGGUUUGGCUCAUUAUCGCGGGACAGGCUGCUAACGGGCUCCUCAUGUCCGUCAUCAUGAAACACGGGACGGGGAUCACGCGGCUGUUCGUCAUUUCCUCUUCUAUGCUGGUGAAUGGAGUGUUGUCGUGGGGGCUUCUGGGAAUACAGCUCACACCUUACUUCCUGUUUCCCGUGGUGCUGAUUGGAUGGGCCGUGUACCUGUAUUACAGGUAGAUCGGAUGCCACCGAAGAUGACUUUUCGGUCUCCUGUUGUUUGUUCUCUGCCUUUGUAAAGUGCGUCUUACUGUGAACGACCAUCAUCUCGUCAAGACUCGUGAAUGCCUGCUGAUUUAUUGUUUGUUUUUCACACGCAGUAUUUUAUUUACAGAAAUGAAUGUUGAGUGAAUGGUACAGCACACGUAUUUAAGGCAUAUUUAUGCAAAUAAAUAUAAUGGAUCGUUUUCA